AUGAACGCAAAAAUACUUUCACCGUUAUUUUUUAUUGUUUUAAUUGAAGUUUCGUUGAACCAGCGAUGUUCUGGUAAUCCUAAAUGGAUGAAAAAAUUCAAAUAUGAGGACAAUUAUUGGAACCCUCAUGGUAUAGGAAAAAAUAAUGCACAAUCGCAUCUAAGAUGUUAUUUUGACGAAAUUAACAAAAAAAAUAAGGAGAAAAAAAAAAAAUGGAAAGUUUGGUUUGAUAAACAUAAAAUCAAAAUUCAAAAAGAAUUAAAUAAUGUAGAGGUUAAAUUUAUUAAGAAUGUGGAAAUUGGUUGGGACAAUUUUAUGAGAGAAACUGAAAAUAAAUGGUUGCAUUAUAAUGAUGACAUGAAUAAAGAGUAUAAAUGUACCCUGUAUCCAGAAGCAUUAAAAUGGGGUGUAAUACGUUGGAUUGCCUGGUUUAAAGAAACAGGACUGGUUUGCUUAAAACAAGAUUUUCAUAAAUUUAUGACUAAAUAUGGAAAGGAGCACCAGACUGAAGUAAAGAAAGUGUUGCAAAAAUGGCAUAAUGUUUAUUUAAAUAAAUGGUGUAAUCAACCAUGGAAACUCGAAGAAAAUUAUCAUUGCAAAAAAUGGGAAAAUUUCGGUUCAAUGAUUGAUCCAUACUAUAAUGUAAAAGCAUAUCAAUGGAAAUGUUGGAUGGAAAGAACAAAACUUGAACAUAAAGAAUGGGUAGAUAAUCUGAGACAUGCAGAAACAAAUUUCCCUAUUUGGAAAGGAUGGAAAAAGAGAAAAUAUGAUAUGUAUAAGUUGUGGUUAAAAGAGUACAGUAAACAGUGGAUAGCUAAUGAACAAUGGAAAACAUGGACAGAAGAGAGAAAAAAACAUAUUUUGUCUAAAUCUGAACAAAAAAAACCAGCGCAAAAAAAAACUGUCCAGAAGAAAAAAUGA